AAACGGCCGCCAUCUUGGUUUGCCGAGUUCUACGAUUUCUUGGUCAAACAAACCAAAACACCGAGAGAUAGAGACUUUUAAAGCAACCUUCCUUGCUGAAAAAUAAUCUAUCAUGGGGGUCUUGGACAUUAAUGAUCGUCUCAAACAUCGAAUAAUAAUUUCAGAUGAAGAUAUUGAAUAUCCAACUUGGGAGGGAUCUGAUCCACCAAUUGAGCUUCCUACAGAGGCAACGGAACCAACCAGGUCACCACGCCAACGCAGGCCAAAACUUGGACCAAAAUUCUUUGUGAAUACAUCGAGUCGCAGGCCAAAGGGAAGCCGUAGUGGCAGGCGAUAUGAAAAUACCUGUUUUCUGCUCAGCCUUGUGGAUCAUGAAGAGAUACAGGAACUGGAACUGUCUGAUAUGGUCAACCAGACUAUGACAAUCUUCUCUACUCUGUUUGAAGAUCCAUACAAGAUGAAGAUUUGGAAUGACUAUGCAAGUCUUCCAGAGGAUCAACAAUACCAAUAUAUUCACUCACAAGCARAGGCAUGUGAGAAUGCAAGCACUACUUGUGCAGCUGUGACUGACGACAACAGAGAAGAUUGCAAUGAGAAAAUGUAUGCUGAUGCCGAGAAGUCCUACCUAAAUAUUGACAAGAAAAUCAGAGGAACAUUCCGGAAGAAGCGUUUCCCACUGGGAGGACUUGAAAUGCUUGAAAACGAACUGCUAUCCUGUUUCUCUGAAAUGCCUGAUGCCGUUAUCAUAUCUAUACUUCCAUCCAGCUUGGACAGAAUGAUGGUGCAUGCCAUCUGUCAGUACCUCAAGCUGACCUGCCAAAGUCAUAACUGUAGUGGCUCGCGACUCAUGGAAAUACAAAAUCACCAGAGCUCAUUCAAACUUCCACCAUUCCUGUUGUCACAAUAUCUAAGGAAAAAGGUUCUGAGCUAGCAUAGGAAGGGAAGAAAGUAUUGCUGCAUAAAAUGGUAUUUUAGAAUCAUAUGUAUGGUAUUUUAUCAAGUGUUUAGUUUUUCAAACAUUUAUCAUAAUGAAAGGUAUGAACAUUUAUCCGGUCAAAACCAUUUUUGAUACAAAACAAGAUGGUUAAUUUAUUUUGAUGAAAUCCUAAAUUCUUCUUCCAAGAGCUAGUUAUUUAGCAUGAAUUAUUUGGGAGAAUAUAGAACCUGAUCAUGAGAACACAGACUGUGUCACAAGAUUUUGUGUUUAAUAAAUAAACAAAACCUGAGUUUUAUUUUAAAUUUUUGGAGUUCAAAAAAUGACGUGGUGGUUUAUACAUAAAUUUGCGAAAUUACUUUUUUUACAAAUAAAGGGUGGUGUGGUAGUAUU